GCAAAGCAACAAAGCAGAAAGAAACAGAAAUGCAAGAAAUUCCCAGCAAGAUCCUCCUUCUUCUUCUCAUCUUCUUUCUAAUUUUCUCACCUUCCACACAAAACCCACAAGAAGAAAUCUACUACUGUGGUAAAACUCCAAUCUCAAACCCAUCUAAUCUCAUAACCUGCAGAUCUGGAAAACUCUACUUCAAAACUUCAACUGGUAUCUUCCAUGUCUCUAGAACAGAGGAAGUGAAAUUAAGAGCUAGGGUUUCUAUGGAAGUCGAAGGUCACAUACCAGAUUUAUGUAUCGCUUGUGAGAGACCAGAUGGUAACUGUGGUGUUGCUCUAAGAUGUCUUUGUCAUCCUAAAGAAUGCAAGAAUAAAGUUAUCAAUUUUGGAACCAAGUCUCGAGCUUUAUCUGGUAACAUACAACAGCUUCUUCCACUUUUGUUGUUGGCUUUGUUUCUCGUGUGUUUUUGAUUUGCAAAAUUGUUUGAUCCUUAUGGCUAGUCUUUAAAACAAACAUAUGUAAUUCAGAUUUGGGAAUUUGUGUUUAGGUGUAGUUCCUGACUACAAAUUUGGAUAUAAUCUAUAGUUGUUUCAAUGUGUGUGUUGCCUUCUCCUAGGCUGGAUUAUGAUUUAUGUAUUUUUGUUAGACGGUUUUUUCAUAUAAAGACAGAAACCAAACUGAAUUAGAUUCUAGAGUAAAUAGCUAGGAUAGUA